GCGAGGAGGACCGGCGGGCAGAGAGCGAGGAGGGCUCCUGGAAGGAGCAGCGAGGUGGCGGCCGCCAGCUGCUGCGCCCCGGGCCGCUGCGCCCCUCUCCUCUGCGCCAUGGCGGGCUGGGCGCCCCUCCAUGGCUCCGCCGCCCCAGCCGGAGCAGCCCUGGCCCAGGGAGAGGAGGAGGACGGGGACUGAUUGCCCACAGAGCCCAGCGCCCGCUGCAGCCCACCCGGCCAGUCUGCCUGCCUGACCACUUUGGGGACGCGCGCGGGGCUCCCGGGAGCCAGUCCUGCGCCCUGCCCUGCCCGGAGCCCCGGAGCCGCUAUGGGCGGGAUGAGCCCCUGGAACUUGGUCCUCCAGACUUUCUUCCUCCUGCCCGCGGCCGGAGCCCAGCGGAGGGGCCCCGCUCCUGGAGACUACUCGCAGGCAGCUCCGGCUCCGGCUCCAGCUCCGGCUCCAGCUCCGGCUGCGGAUGCCUGCAAACUCGGGACCCAACAAAGCGAGCUGAACUCUUUCUUAUGGACCAUAAAGCGAGACCCCCCAUCCUACUUUUUUGGCACAAUUCACGUGCCCUACACGCGGGUUUGGGAUUUCAUUCCUGAAAACUCCAAGGCAGCCUUCCAGCAGAGCAGUAUCGUGUACUUCGAGCUGGACCUCACGGACCCAUACACCAUCUCAGCCCUCACCAGCUGCCAGAUGUUGCCGCAGGGUGAGAACCUGCAGGAUGUGCUGCCCCAGGACAUCUACUGCCGGCUCAAGCGCCACCUGGACUACGUGAAGCUAAUGAUGCCCUCAUGGAUGACUCCAGAUCAGCGAGGGAAGGGCCUCUACGCCGAUUACCUUUUCAAUGCCAUCGCAGGCAACUGGGAGAGGAAGAGGCCUGUGUGGGUGAUGCUGAUGGUGAAUUCCCUGACUGAAGUGGACAUUAAGUCCCGAGGGGUGCCGGUGUUAGACCUGUACCUCGCCCAGGAGGCCGAGCGCCUCCGGAAACGGACUGGGGCAGUGGAAAAAGUCGAAGAACAGUGCCAUCCUCUGAAUGGGCUCAACUUUUCUCAGGUGAUCUUCGCCUUGAAUCAGACCCUCCUGCAGCAAGAGAGCCUUAGGGCAGGAAGCCUCCACACCCCCUACACCACAGAGGAUCUGAUCAAGCACUAUAGCUGUGGCGACCUCAAUUCCAUCAUCUUUAGCCACGAUAACUCCCAGGUUCCGAAUUUUAUUAACGCUACACUGCCACCUCAGGAGCGGAUCACCGCUCAGGAGAUUGACAGCUAUUUCCGCCAAGAGCUCAUCUAUAAACGGAAUGAGCGGAUGGGGAAGCGAGUGAAGGCCCUCUUGGAGGAGUACCCUGAUAAGGGCUUCUUCUUUGCCUUUGGCGCUGGUCAUUUCAUGGGCAACGACACAGUGCUUGAUGUUUUGAGGAGAGAAGGGUAUGAGGUAGAGCACACCCCAGCCGGACAACCUAUCGACAAUGAGAAGAGCAGGAGGACCCCUUCCACUCUGUUCCCCCCUCCCCCUGCCCACGCACCCUACGGGAUCUCGAAGGCGUCCAGUCCUCUCGGGCAUCUGGGGGAGGAGGAGGAGGAGGAAGAGGAGGAGGAGGAGGUGCUGCUGCCCCACCUACUCCUGCCUGGGAAUGCUGACCUGUUGGAGAAGAUGGACAGGAAAUACAGGAAAAAGAAAAAGAAGCAGCUGAAAAAACAGAGGCUUCGGCAAUUCAGCGACCUGUGGGUGCGCCUGGAGGAGAGCGCUCCAGCUCCACUUCCUCGGAUCCGAAUUGUCAACGGGUAUAUCACAGUGGAACCUCUGCUGCCGGGCCACAGGAGAUCCACCCAUACCCAUACAGUGUCAAACAGUGCCUGCUUGUCACUUUGGACGCUUUUGUUUUGGUCGUUGACUUUGGCCUUUCAAACUGAGAUCACGCUUCUCUGAGGCAGAUGUCCCACAGAUACUGGUUACCUUUUCUCAGAGCCUUAUACAGACUGAAAAGAAAAAAAACCACAAAAGACCUUUACACCUGUUACUUGAAAGAAUCUUAUCCUUCCAAUUUGGGCUGUCUCAACUCACCUGAUGCACCCUUUGUGGAAGACACUUUGAAUGAAAGCCAUUUGGUUUUAUUCUUCUCUUUUCGAAGAAUGACAUCCGUGUUAUCCCAGAAUGCUUUGGGGAGAUGUAUCAUGUUGUAAGAUAGCUGUAAUUUAGCU